CAGCAGGAAGCAGAGGGACGUCUUCACCUCUUUCGUCAUGUCUGCUUUCACAACUUUCACAACACAACGUAACAGCGCUGGCUCUGGAGGAUCUGAGACGCUCAGCUGAACUUUACACACACACACACACACACACAGAGAGAGAGAGAGAGAGAGAGAGAAAGAGAGAGGGAGAGACGGGGUCAGAGCUGUGACAUGGGUGUGUGAACUAGGUCAGGGGUGUUUGUGUGUGUGUGUGCGUGUGUGUGUGUGUUAGAUUAGAGUGAGAACUUGUUUGGUGGUAUAAGUGUGUGUUUGUUGGAUCAUAGAGCUGUGGUCUCACUAUGGCAUAGAGGUGUGUGUAUAGAGGUGUACAGGUGUGUGUAUGUGUGUGAUUAUAGGUGUAGCAUAGGCGUGUGUGUGUGUGUGUGUGUGUGUGCAGUAUGGAGUGUGUGUGGGCGGCGGUGAUUCCUGCACUGCAGUUCUUCUUCAUGGCGCUGCUGCUGCUCCUCAUGCUGCCCGCCAUGUUCGGCCUCUCGCUCGGCAUCACCGAGACCUACAUGAAGAUCCUCAUCAAAACACUGGAGUGGGCGACACUGAAGAUUCAGAAGAGCAAUAGCGAGGAAAAGAUGCUGAAACACUCUCCAUCUUAUGGUCUGAUCCAGCGAGACGACUCUUCGUUGGAGAAAGAGAUUGGGGAGCUGCGUCGCAAUAGGCCGAGGUCAGGGGUGGGCGGGGCUUUUGCGUUCAGUGAUGUGUUCUACUUCAGUAAGAAGGGGAUCGAGAGCAUCGUGGAGGACGAGGUGACUCAGAGGUUCAGCUCCGAGGAACUCGUGUCCUGGAACCUGCUCACGAGAACCAACAACAACUUUCACUACAUCUCACUGCGCCUCACCGUCCUGUGGGGGGUCGGGGUCAUCGUCCGCUACGGCAUCCUGCUGCCCCUCAGGAUCAUGUUAGCGUGUAUCGGGCUCAGCUGGCUGGUCAUUGGCACCACGAUGGUGGGAUUUCUCCCCAACUGCAGGAUAAAGGACUGGCUCAGUGAACUUGUACAUGUCAUGUGUUACCGCAUCUGUGCUCGCGGUCUUUCAGCCACCAUCCACUACCACAACAGAGAGAACAAGCCAAAGAAAGGAGGAAUCUGUGUAGCCAAUCACACGUCUCCCAUCGAUGUGGUGAUUCUGGCCAAUGAUGGAGGAUACGCCAUGGUGGGGCAGGUCCAUGGUGGUUUGAUGGGCGUGGUUCAGCGAGCGAUGGUUCGAGCAUGUCCACACAUCUGGUUUGAGAGAGCGGAGAUGAAAGAUCGCCACCUGGUGACAAAGAGACUGAGGGAUCACGUGAACGACAAGAACAAACUCCCCAUCCUCAUUUUCCCCGAGGGAACCUGCAUCAAUAACACGUCCGUCAUGAUGUUCAAGAAGGGGAGUUUCGAAAUCGGAGGCACCAUCUACCCCGUAGCCAUAAAGUACGACCCUCUGUUCGGUGAUGCGUUCUGGAACAGUGGGAAGUACAGCAUGGUGAGUUACCUGCUGAGGAUGAUGACGAGCUGGGCCAUUGUCUGUAACGUCUGGUACCUGCCACCCAUGACCCAGCAGGAAGGAGAGGAUGCUGUGCAGUUUGCUAACAGAGUGAAGUCUUUGAUUGCGAGACAAGGAGGACUGGUGGACUUGUCCUGGGACGGUGGUCUUAAGAGAGCCAAAGUGAAGGACUCGUUUAAGCAGGAGCAGCAGAAGAUGUACAGCAACAUGGUGGUCGGAGACGACAGCAGCGACUGAAAAUCACUAAAAUCAGCCAAUCACAGAACUCCAAACCGUCCAGUCAGACACUCAGAGACUUUAACUGACCAAUCAGAUCAGGUCAUGGGAUUCUUACAUCUUUAUGCAUAAUAAAGACACGGUGAUGGGGUCCUCGUCCUAGAAACGCAUAAAGGCGGCCAUGUUGGAUGCAGAUGUUGAAUGACAGGCACUAUAAUAAUCAAAGUUCUAUCUCAGGUGCAGUUCUCGCUAACUUCAGAACUUAUUCUCAGUGAAACUCUGUAUUUUAGACAAGAUCUUUAUGUGCAAAUAGAAGUCAUUUUUGUUGAAAUGUUAAUUCAGUUCUAACAUGCAAAAAAAGUGUCCCUUUUAUUCACUGUUUAUUUUGCUAAUGACAUUAAAAUCAUUCUCCUGAAUUAUUUAUACCAGA